AUGGCGCCCUCAAGGCCUGACACCAAAAAGACAAAUCCCGACAUUGCGAAACUCCUUGUCGAUGCGCAAACUCAGCUCGAGGUCGGAAAACUAGAAGAGGCUGCUACACUUGCCCAGCAAGCCCUUGAUGCCACUGGCCAGGGCGGUGACUUUGAGCUCAGUGCUGCCAACCUUCUUGGCACCAUUUUCAUCGAGUCUGGUGACAUUGACGAGGCGCGGGCAGCUUUUGAGCGCGCAGUCUUCCUUGAUGAAGAUGGUACCAUAGAUGAGAAAAUCGGUGGCGGUCCUGAGAAGUUCCUCCUUCUUGCACAGCUCAGCGAGGAGGGUGGUCUUGACAGUGUACAAUGGUAUGAGCGUGGUGCGACUGCGCUCCGAAAACAGAUUGCCGUGCUGAGUGAGAUCCGAUCACCAGCCCCUGAGCAAAAGGCCACACUCCAGGAGAAGCAACACAAGCUUGCCGGAGUUCUCUGCGCCGUUGCUGAGGUGUACAUGACUGAUCUGUCAUGGGAACCUGAUGCCGAGUCGCGAUGUGAAACUCUCAUUACCGAGGCUAUGCUCCUCGCUCCUGCGGCCCCAGAGACUUGGCAAACAGUUGCAAAUGUUCGAAUUUCACAGAACCGCGCCAACGAGGCCCAGACAGCUCUGCGCAGGAGUCUCGAGUUAUGGCAGAAGCUACCCCCUCAGCAUCCUGACGUUCCCGAGUUCCCUACCAGAAUUGCUCUGGCUCGCUUGUUGAUGGAGACUGAGCUGGAGGAAGAGGCCUUGAGUGUACUGGAACGCCUUGUUACGGAGGAUGACUCAAGUGUUGAGGCCUGGUACCUCGGUGGCUGGUGCCUUUACAUUUCCGGCGAGAAGCUUAAGACAACUGCAUCCAAGCCAUGGAAUGAUGAAGUUAAGGUCAGCGAGGAAUGGAAGGGUUUGUGGAAAUCAUCACGACAGUGGCUUAUGCAAUGCAUGAAGCUGUUCGGGCAGCAGGAUUACGAGGAUGAGCGACUGGGCGAGCAUGCUAAGGAACUCCUCUCAAAUAUCAACGGUGAGCUGGGCGAGCCGGCCGAGGGCGAAGCCGACGAUUGGGAGGAUGGCAGCGAGGACGAGGAGGAUGCUGAAAUGCAGGGUUGA